AUGGGAGUGAGCGGGGUACGGAUAACGAACUUGAUCGUGCCAGAAGUGAUAGAGAACGGGACCCAAGAUUCCGUCGUGUUGGACUGUGAAUACACCUUCAAGGAAUACGAAAAAGUGGGAUUGGUUCUCCGGUGGUAUUUCAACGAUUUCUCCUCGCCGGUGUAUCAGUGGAUCCCGAACCAGAAGCCCAAAGACUUGGGUGUGCUCAAGGGGAAAGUGAAUCUGGAUUACAAGGCGACUCAGGACCCUUAUGCCGAGCACAGAGCACUUCACAUCAUCUCGCCCACGACUGAACUUAGCGGGAGGUAUCAGUGCAAAAUUUCCUCCUUCGAAGGCGAGGAUUCUCAAGAAAAACGCAUGAUCGUCUAUGCCCGGUGGGUGGAUUUGAAAUGGAGCAAACCGGCUUCGGAUCGAGUGAACGUGACCUGCGAAGCCAAGGGGAUCUACCCCGAGCCUCGUCUCCGUCUGUUCCAGUCGUCGCCCCACAGCCCAAGGAAAGAAGUCCAAGGAGGCACAACAGAGACGUUGUGGAGGCUGCAUCUCUAUGAUAUCCUCACUUACAAGGUCUUCGAGGACUGGAGUCUAGAGGAAGAAAACGUUUUCGAAUGCGAACUUUGGAUCCCUGACACCGAGUACAGUGUCAGGAAAGAACUCAUCUACUACCCAGACGAAGUCAACAAGGCAUUAAGCAUGGGCAUUGGACAGGCAUCCAUCAAGAGGGGUGUGACAAAGGCGUACCCGACGAGGAUUUGGGUGAGCCACCAAGAACUGAAACCCCCAGUUCGCCUCCCACAAGGCUUUCUCCCUCGCACUCCUCCUCUGGAGUUCUUUGACGUGUCUCUGUCGCAGCCUCUUCACCGCAAGAUUGGCUCCGAGGUCGUACAUUUUCUCAAAAAUAGUCGCACAAAGGCACUGUCGUUGCAUAUGCAGAGGAUCGAGUCAAGGACGAGAUUUACUGCUCCUGUUGCUGACUGCAGCCACGUCGUUGUUUUUACCUGCCCUGCUCAUUCCCCGCUUGCACUAACUGUGAAGUUAUGGCGGCCACCCGGAAAAUUCCAUUUCAUUUCCGUCCAUUCCCAUUCCAUCCUGCCAUACAAGGAGCCGCGCCGAGAUGGAGUUGAAGAGAUCGUGAAGUGGCGAGGGAUUAGGAGAGGGGAGAAGAGGGAGAAAAAUGGAUUGUCAGGGUACACAGAGAAGAUAGAUAGAGACCUGAAGUGGCCGGGGACAGUCACACGACUUCCCGACACCAUGACGCCGAGGAACACCCGGUUAUUACUCAACACGGAGACAAGCCAGAGAGUGCAUUUCUUGGUAAUCAUCGAGCAACGUUGA